AUGCAUUGGUCCUUGAUUGUCACCUCUUCCCUAGCUGUUCUAGCUGCUAGUCAAGCCACCGACGAACAGCACGAGACAAGCAGCGUGGAAACGCAAGACAUAUUCAAAGACUGCAAACUCCUCCAUGUUUGGACGGUCCCAAGCCUCAACGAAAACGGCGACAAAAACGAAGAGACGCCACUCCAACUCUUAGUUGGAAGGUGCGCAACCAAACAAAACGGGGAAACUGUGAGUUGGACGGAUACGACAAUCGGGCUGAACGAAUGUUUCGCUUGGGAUACGAACACACACAGCCUUGUCGCCCAUAAGGAGCAUUCCCAGAAGGAUGGCAAUGGAUUCCGAGAUGGCCAGUGCGAUCGCUGUAUACUCAAGGAUCAUGAGAUCCAAUGCUGGUGCAAAAACGUGGAUGAGAGUGAUAAGGAUCCCGAAAGGAUGGCGGCGAAGAAGACGAUCAAUAUUGAGGGGAAGAUUGUCUAUAAACAGGACGAAGGGUUCGCUUGUGCUACUGAAACGGCACAGUGA